AUGGAAGUUACACUAUCCCCAGCAGCUUCAACCUCAACACUGAAAAACGUUAACGUCCUAGCAACUUCCAUCACUCAAAAUUUAACUACCUCAAUCCUUACAUGGCCUUCUACAAAACCCAAACUUCUCAAUCUUUAUCUCCCAAAUAAUCCUAUCCAAAGAAACAGCACCCGACUCUCUCUCCCUCGUUGCUCAACAAAACCAGACACCAAUACAAACAACGAAACAGACCAAAACUCCACCUCCGAAUCCGAUUCAAACCCAAAACCCCAAUACCCAUCAACAGCCAUUUCUUCAAAUGAUUCGCUGUCCUCUUCUUUGCCACCACAAUCAUUAUCUAGAGGAUUGGUGUUUGAUUUGGGUCCACCAAAUUCAUGGGACGCCAUAGAAAUUGGGUCACCAGUGGUGAAAAGAUUCUUGAGUGAUGAGGAAGAGAGAUGGUACAUGUGGUACCAUGGGAAUUCUAGUCAAAACCCAGGCACGGGAGAUUCAAUAGGAGUAGCAGUUUCAAGCAAUGGAAUUCACUGGGAGAGAGGGGUAGGGCCUGUCAGCUCAAGCGGUGAUGUGGGUUUGGUUUUGAAGUGUGGUCAGGAUUGGUGGGCAUUCGAUACAAUGAGCAUUAGGCCCGGUGAGGUGGUUAUAAUGUCAAGUUCAAAAGUUAGAGCUUCAAGUGCUGUGUACUGGCUUUACUACUCUGGUUUUAGUUCUGAGAAGGUGGAUUAUAUGGAUGAUGAUUUACAAAACCCAGAAAGGUUUUGUCUUGAUAAUAUGAGUAAUGGAAAUGGUGAUAAAGGAAAGAUCUUUAAGUCUCUGCCUGGUUUGGCAAUGAGUCAGGAUGGGAGGCAUUGGGCUAGAAUUGAAGGGGAGCACCAUAGUGGAGCUCUGUUUGAUGUGGGGUCUGAGAGAGAGUGGGAUUCUUUGUUUAUUGCUGGUCCACAGGUUGUUUUUCAUUGUAAUAGUGAUCUUAGAAUGUAUUAUCAUUCGUUUGAUGCGGAAAGUGGGCAGUUUAGUAUUGGGAUUGCAAGGUCAAGAGAUGGGAUUAAUUGGAUGAAGUUGGGGAAGAUAAUUGGAGGAGGAAAAAUUAGUUCUUUUGACGAGUUUGGUGCAAUAAAUGCAUGUGUUGUGAGGAACAAGGAAGAUGGGAAGUAUUUGAUGGCUUAUGAAGGUGUUGCUGCUGAUGGAAAGAGGAGUAUUGGAUUGGCAGUGUCUCCUGAUGGAUUAAAAGAUUGGAGGAGAUUUCAAGAUGAGGCAGUGCUAAAGCCAUCAGUGAAAGAUGGCUGGGAUAACAAGGGAGUUGGAUCUCCUUGUUUGGUUCAAAUGGAAGGGGAAGCUGAUGAAUGGAGGUUGUAUUAUAGAGGAGUUGGCAAUGAGGGAAGGACUGGAAUUGGAAUGGCAGUUUCUCAAGGAAAUGAUGUUAGUAGCUUUAAACGAUGGAUAGGAUUCCAUUUAUAA